AUGACUGUGGAGCAACGCGACUCAGGCAGUGUUCGCCAAGCUGGCCUAGCAGACCACGAGGACAAGAUUCAGGUGCGCGAAGCCUCCAGUGCCCGCUCCCAUGACAAACAUUCUGUCAGUGGCCUUGUCUCUGCAUUUCUGAACGAGCUGCGGGAUGCGCAGGUGGUCCACCUUUCUGCCGUGCUGGCGGCAUUGGAGAUCCCCGAGCAGCAUGUGCAAACGCUGGCUGCUGCUUCGGGUGCGAUUAAGGAGGAUGGAAUCCACCUUUCCUCCUUUCUGGAAUGGAUAUUUCCAGAGGAAAACAGCGAGCCACCGCCCCCACCUCCAGUUGCUGCAGAGGCCAAGGGCUUGGAGAUGGAACGAGGCUCGGGAAGCAUGCUCGAACAGCUUUAUUCUGGGAGCCUCACUCUUGAGGACACCUGGGUGCAAGCUAGCUUCAUGCUCCAGCUGGACGAGCUGCUUCGGGCUCAUCCGUAUCUGGAGCCUGACCAAAAUGCAGCGACGGUCCAUCCACUCCAGUACUGGGUGAAGAGGUGUCGGGAGUCGUUUGUCAAGAAGAAGUUUGGUGACGCACAGGACUCGCUCCGGCGUUUGCUGGCAAGCCUACGCACGGACCAGCGCCAAAUCGCCGAGGCUUUUCGACGCUUCGAUGCCGAUUCUUCUGGGCACUUGGACGCCAACGAAUGCAAGAAUAUGUGCGCCUACCUCGGUUGGGGGCUCGAGGAGGCCAGCCUCAUGGAUCUGGACAAAGAUGGUCGCAUCACUCUUGCCGACUUCCAGGGCUUUGUGGGGCGCAUGGGAGACCUCCAUACGGCCAACCUUCUGCCGUAG